AUGCUUGUCAAGGCCUCAACUAACCAUUCGAAAACAAUUGAAGAACUAAGCAAUGCCCUGGACUCCAUCAGUGACGCCAUCGGUCUCUGUAACGUUGAGUCGAACUUGAUAAGGAGUCAGCAUGUCCAGACUGCUAUCGCUAAACUGUACAUUGCUGUAUUCCUCUUCUUCGGCGAUGCCAUAAUAUGGUAUAAAUCGUCGAGUGCCUCAAAGGUAUUACAUAGUCUUCAUCGAGACUUCUCGGAACGCUUCCGCAAAUCCAUCGAUACUAUAAAGUUACAGGCUGAAGGAGUCCGCAAUGCGGCAGGACUUGGAUCGCAAGCCGAAGUACGUGUGGUUAGACUUGAUGUCGAACAACUCAGGGGUGAACUAAACGAUGCACGUAUCGGCUUAUCAGGUGAACUUCGAACAUUGGCCGAGUACAUGAUUUGGCAACAGGGCGAAAGCAUCAAACAACAUGAACUCACUCAGGCAUUAUUGUCUGCAUUCAGGGCAGAUGUCAUGGGGUUUCCGAUGCUUUGCAGCAUAACGCCAGAGCCUAGGAUCGAGGACACACCCAGCUUUGCACUUGCGGCUCCUGUGCAGUCUCCCCAAGUGUGUCUUCCUCCACCUCUGACAACUGGCGUCAUCCAUAAAAUACUUCAAAAUACCAUAUCCCGGCAUUCGGAAAAUCAUGCAUGUGGUGUGAAAGUGUACCCCAAGCCUUCUCAAGCGCUUUUCGAUCAGAGCCUCGCGCAAGCAACCAAUAGAUGGCUCUGUAACCCAUCACAGAAGCUACUCUACCUAGAAUUCCUUUCGGGUGAUCAGACUUCUCGGGUCGACCAUUCCCUUGCAGGACAGAUAGCAAGAGUUUUGAUGGAAGCCAAAUUGCCGGUGGUGACCUUUGGCCAGGGACUACGACCCAAAGCACCAGGUGAAGAGGAGAAGGACAAUAACGCUGACAUUGUACUUGCGAUGCUCAGUUUAGCGAUGGACAUCAUUCAUCAACUUCCAUCUGGUGAUCAUCUGUCAUCUGCAGUGUGGUCCACACUCCAAGACCACGACUCGACUCAUGAUGUGACCUUCGCAGAAGCUACACAAAUUCUGGAAGCCGCAGUGGGCGCAGCUCCGAAUAAUCUUCAUAUCGUUCUGCUUGGUUACCCGACACUAUGGUCAGCCAACGAAUCCACAGUCAAAUCAUUCCUAGAUAUUGUCCGUAACGCCAGUCACAGCGACGACGCUGGAGUUCGAAUGAUCAUCAUCAGUCCACGUAAGCUACACAAUACGCUAAAGGUUAUCCGUGCUGGAGAAACGGUGUCCCUCAGAGCAGCUUCAAUCAAUCGUUCGCUCAAAGCGCCAAUAGUGGUAAGGAGGGCGAGGUCCGAAGUGUCGUGA